UACCACUAUAUAAAUAUAACGACUCUGUCAGUAACAGUGUUUGUGUUUGGAUCUUGCCCAUAAAAAAAGUUAAUUUUCUUUCAAAUUUAAGGAUAUUCAUAUGUAUUUUUCAUCAUAAUUGAUGAAUACAAAACUAAAUAAAAACGAUUCCGAGGUAUGAUGGCCACGUCCAGCAUCAAGCCACGGCUUAACACACUCCGAUGCCGAACAUGUCUCGCCGAGGAAGUCACCGAGCUGAUAUCGUUGCACUGUCGGUGCGACUCACACGGUAAACUGGUAGCGGAAAUGCUAAGCGAACUGGCACCCCAGACGCGGCUGGACCAUAUGUCGGAAAUCGAUACGCUACCGCAGCACAUUUGCGACCACUGUCUGGCCCAGCUGGACGCUGCGUUUGAAUUCCGGCAGCAGGCGCAGAAUAUUGUUAGGGCGAUUGAGAAUCAGCAGAGUAGCCCGGAUAAGGAGGAUUGCUGCCGGCUUUGCCAGCGCGACUACUUGGACGAAUUGAUCUCGGUGUUCUGCGUGUCCGGUGCGGAGGAUAAGCUAAUUGCCGAUAUGAUCAAAGAUGCCUGCGGGGUAGCUCGACCGUUGGCGAACGAUGGUUUGCCUCAGAACAUUUGCGGAGAAUGCUUCGAUACGUUAUCUGCGAAUUACGCCUUUUGGAUCACGAUUGUUAAGUCUGAUUUAAGCCUGAGAAACACGGCGAAUCAAGUGAAGCUGAAAUCCAAGUUGCCUCUGCCAACGGCGAAGACGAAGUUUGUUCCGCAGCUGGAAGAAGAUAUGGAUCCUUUUCUUUAUUUGGAUUGCCUUGAUAUGGACGCGGACCAGUUGAUGAAGGUUUUUUCGACCACAGAGGAUGCGGAGUACUAUGAGCAAUUAACUUUCUUUGGGGUCAUUUGCUGUUGUGGAAAACUGUUGGAGAAUGAUAACGAAUGGCAGAAGCACCGCAGGGAGAUUCAUACAAUCCAAGAACAGGUCCCCACUGCAAGGAACAAAUGCGACAUUUGCUACUUCAAAUUUAAGUACAAUACCCAGCUGAUCGACCAUCUGGAAAAUCGCGAGAAAAAACAAUUCUAUCGCUGCAAGAUCUGCAACGUUCUCACCAAGGAAUGGAGAAAUUUGCAGCUGCACUUCGAGUUCACCCGGUUCCAUCCGAUUUUGGACGAUUCCGAGGAAGAGCGAACCGGCUUCGAUGCACGGGCUGGAACCAUUUACACACCCCCGGGUACCUGCUGCGACUGUUACGAGGAAUUUGAAACGGGCGAAUCGCUUCUCCAGCAUACCUUGGAGUGCCACUAUCCCGAACGGGAGGAUCAUCCCGCGUUCCAGUGUAUGAUUUGCUACAACAGCUUCGCGGACAAGCAGUCUCUAUUGAAGCAUCAACUGACAUAUAAAGGUACUAGAGAGUAUCACUGCUUGGAAUCGGCUUGCAAUUUUCGAACAACCAAUCGGUUCGACAUGAAAGAACACAUAGAGUCGGGUUCGCACGUGAAUGCCAGUAUGCUUCCGGCUGUCAGCCCCGAACCGGAAAUAACCGAAUAUUUCUGUUGUUUCUUCAUGUGCACCGCAUCGUUCGAAACCUACGAAGCUCUACAACAGCACUGCGAGAGUGACCACGUUGAGCAACGUUUGACCAACCAGAUUGUCCUGGCUGGUAUCACGGACUAUGUCUGCCCUCUUUGUAUCCGCCACUUCCCUACGGAUUCCGCUUUCAGAAAGCACAUUCAGAAACAGUCGGAACGAAAUCACGUCUGCGGCACAUGUGGCAAGAAAUUCUUCGCCCGAGACACUCUGCUCCAGCACGAAAAGAUUCACACCGGAACUCAAACUAAGACAUCGUACACGUGCAACCGAUGUGGAGCAACCUAUGUCGGCAAGUACACCCUGGAAAGACACAUCAAAAAGAUUCACGAGGGCGUCCUCCCGGAACUGUGCACCACAUGCGGUAAACGAUUCGGUCACAAACCCGCCCUUCGCAAUCACAUUGCCAACGUCCAUCUGAAGGAACGUCCCCACAAGUGUUUAAUCUGCUUCAAGCAAUUCGGCGCCAAAGUAUCCCUCCAAAAGCACAUGCUCAUCCACUCGGACGAUCGUCCCUUCAAGUGUCCGCUCUGCGAUAACACCUACAAGAACGGCAGCGAUCUUAAACGACACGAUGAGUCCGUCCACCAGAAUAUCCGGCCGUUCGUGUGUGAGCUCUGCGAGGCAAGCUUCACGCGGAAGCGGGAACUGCAGGUGCACAUGACCCGGCACACGCGGGACCGAUUCUUCAAGUGCAACGAGGACGGGUGCAAUUUUUCGACUAAUGUCAACAAACGAAUGGAGGAACAUAUGAACAAGCACUAUGAGGAAAAAUAUUCAGAGUAUUCAACUAGCAAGAAUUCAUUCAAAUCCAGACUACCGUGCUUCCCCAUAAUAUUAUACUACAUGGAAUCUACUCCGUGCUUGGACGCGAAACAGGCACUUCUUCAGUGCCGACUAUGCCUCGCAGAUGACCUGGAUGAGCUGAUAUCCCUGCGCUGUCGAUGUGCUUCGCAUCAGGACAAAAUGCUGGUCGAAAUGAUAACUGAGGUAACGCGACUGGACACUUUCGACCGGGAAGCGGACACUCUGCCCCAGCACAUCUGUAGUCGGUGCCUGACUCAGUUGGAUGCAGCCUAUUCCUUUCUGCGGAUAGCGAAGGAUGCGUUAGCAGCGCUUGACCGGUGUGGAGACCGCUGCCAAAUUUGCCAGCGAGAUGCAGUGGAUGAAUUGAUUUCCAUGUUUUGCGUUUCUGCUAGCGACGGGCAGCUGAUUGUAGAUAUGCUUCGGGAUGUGUGCGGCGUGCCUCGUCCGGAAGAGGAUGGUGACCAGCCACACUAUGUUUGCAGAGAGUGUUUCGAACUGCUGUCCGCAGUGUAUUCCUUUCGAAAUAUGGUACUGGAGUCGGAUUCUAGAUGGCGGGGGACGUUCGAGUUGGAGACUAAUGACACCGUGGAAAUAGGAGAUCCCAUAAAAAUAGAGCCAAUGGAGGUCCAUGAUGAGGAUAUUCUGAUUACGUCGACUAGGGAAACGAGGAAUGCGUACUUGCAAGAGCAAGCUAAGAUAAAGGACGACGAAGCAGAAAACGCAUGCGCUGAAGCAUCAACCCUAAGCUCAUCCCCAAAGCUUCCCGCAAAGUACGACAACAGCGGAGAUCCCUUCAUAUACCUGGAUUCCGCGGAGGUGGACGUCGAACGGCUAAAGCCUUUGCUGUUUACCCAGGAAAAUGCAGAGUAUUACGAUCAGCUAUUGUUCAAGGGAACCAUUUGCUGUUGUAGGAAACUGUUGCGUGACCAUAGUGAAUGGCAAAUCCAUUGUAAGGAAACACAUUCCGAUUCCGCAGAGGAGACGGUAAUCACCUCAUCCGCCAUUGAAUGCAAGAUUUGUAAUCGAAAAUUCAAAUCUGCUUCCCAGUACAAGGAACAUAUUCAAAGUCGCCAAGAGAACAUUUUCUAUCGCUGUAAAAUUUGCAACAUUAUGACUCGGGAAAGAAGCGCAUUGGCGGACCAUUUCGAAUUCACACGAUUUCACCCAAUAUUUCACAACUCCGAAACCGUGCGUUCGUACUUCGAGGAAAGGGUCGAAACAAACUACGAGUCAUCCGGUGACUGUUGUGGUUGUAGCGAACAGUUCGAAAGCGGAAAAGCCCUUCUCGAGCAUACUAAAGCAGUUCACUAUCCGCUUGGGGACGACCGACCUACGUUUCAAUGCCUGGUAUGCUACACAAGCUUCGCGAACAAACAAUCGCUGUACAAACAUCAGCUCGCUUAUUCUACUACCAAGACCUAUCGAUGUCGGAAGGCCAAGUGUGCGUUUCAAAGUAUUGGGUUGUCUGCUGAAAUAAAGAAACAUAUCGAAUCCGACAAACACCAUUUCAAACCAACGGAAUUCUUUUGUUGCUUUUACGGAUGUUAUGAAACAUUUGGAUCUAACCAGGCGCUGGAACAGCAUUGUGUAGAAGAUCACGCGGAACAGCGUAUAAACAAUGGUCGAUUUUCUGCGAAUGCCACAAGCAACGUUUGCUGGCUGUGCAAUCGUCAACUCGCAACGGACAAAGCCUACAGAGAACACCUUCGAGGCCAAUACGAUCGAAAGUACGUGUGUUCUACUUGCGGACGGAAGUUUAUCUCCCAUGCCGGCGUUGUUCAGCACGAAAAGGACACCCAUUUGGUUGCCGAGACCCGUUCGUUUCCUUGUGAUCGAUGUAGCACAACAUUUUCCAAACAAAUCUAUCUAACGAAACACAUCAGAACUGUUCACGACAAUAUCCGCACUGAAUCGUGCUCUUUUUGCGAGAAACGAUUUGCUAACAAACGUGCGCUAAAGGAACACAUCAAAAACAAACACAUGGCGGAAAAACCCUACAAAUGUACCGAAUGUUCCAUGACCUUCGGGAAUCGAUUCAAUCUCCGCAGGCACCUCAGCACUCACUCGACGGAACGACCUCACACGUGUUCCCACUGCAGUAACACCUAUCGGUACCAAAGUGACAUGAAGCGGCACAUCGACGCCGUCCACCUGGGCAACAAACCGUUUGCGUGCGAAGUGUGCGAUGCACGGUUCAUUCGGACAAGGGACUUGCAGGUUCACAUGAUGCGGCAUACGAAAACUAAACUGUACAAAUGCACGGCGCCCGAUUGCGACUACUCGACGAAUUUCCGUAAAACAUUGGACGAGCAUUUGCUGGAGCAUUACGAUGGAAUGAAAUGCGUCUAGAGGAAAGUAAAAUCAAUAAAAUUGUCAUAAGUCCUA